GUUGCCUCUGGCUGCUGCAGGCGCAGGGUGAGCCCGCCUGCGCGUGAGUUUGUUAGGACGCCGUUUGCCCGGACACUGGCGUGUCUGGCAGCGCGGGGGGGAGGAGGAGGAGGAGGUGGAGGAGGAGGAAGAGAAGGCAGAAAAGGACCCAGAGGACGCUGAGGAGGAGGAGGAGAGCCACGCACCGAGCCCGCGCGAGCGGAACUGGCCUCUUCCACGGGGCCCGCGGUGCAGAGGGGGAGGCGGCACGGCUGAGGCGAGCGAGCGAGCGGGCGGGCGGGCGGACGCCUCUUCGCUCUCGUGCCGCUCUCACCCCGCGGCAGUGCCUUCCAGAACACGCCACAGCGGCCAGACGGAUGCCAAGGCCACACGGCAGUCGCGCGGGCAGCCGCCGUCCCACGCGGGCUCCGGACAUCCAGGGCUGCUGAUGAAGUGACCAAGAAGCAAAAGGGGAACAUCUUCAUUUUGUAGGAAGGACAACAUGGACCAGCCAUUUACUGUGAAUUCACUGAAAAAGCUAGCUGCUAUGCCUGACCACACAGAUGUUUCCCUAAGCCCAGAGGAGCGGGUGCGUGCGCUCAGUAAGCUUGGCUGCAACAUCUCCAUCAGUGAAGACAUCACCCCACGCCGCUACUUCCGAUCAGGAGUGGAGAUGGAGAGAAUGGCAUCUGUGUAUUUGCAAGAAGGAAACCUGGAAAAUGCCUUUGUUCUUUAUAACAAGUUUAUCACCUUGUUUGUAGAAAAGCUUCCUAGCCACCGAGAUUACCAGCAGUGUGCAGUACCCGAAAAGCAGGAUAUUAUAAAGAAACUGAAGGAGAUUGCAUUCCCAAGGACAGAUGAAUUGAAAAAGGACCUCUUAAAGAAAUAUAAUGUAGAAUAUCAAGAAUAUUUGCAAAGCAAAAACAAAUAUAAAGCUGAAAUUCUCAAAAAACUGGAGCAUCAGAGGUUGAUCGAGGCAGAAAGGAAGCGGAUUGCUCAGAUGCGCCAGCAGCAACUGGAGUCGGAACAGUUUCUGUUUUUUGAAGAUCAACUCAAGAAGCAAGAGUUGGCCCGGGGUCAGAUGCGAAGCCAGGAGAGCCCGGUGCUGUCAGAGCAGAUUGAUGGGAGUGCUUUGUCCUGCUUCUCCACGCACCAGAACAACGCCCUGCUGAACGUAUUUGCAGAGCAACCGAAUAAAAGUGAUGCAACCAGUUUGGCUGGUCAGUCUCCUCCAGUGAACCGGGCCUUAAAACCAGCUGCUACUCUAAGUGCAGUGCAGAAUUUAGUGGUUGAAGGGCUGCGAUAUGUAGUUUUAUCGAGAGAUCUUUGCCAUAAAUUUCUGCAGCUGGCGGAAUCCAAUACCCUGCGAGGCAUAGAAACCUGUGGCAUCCUCUGUGGAAAGCUGACACAUAAUGAGUUUACUAUUACCCACGUAAUUGUGCCAAAGCAGUCUGCAGGGCCAGACUACUGCGACAUGGAGAAUGUUGAAGAACUGUUCCGUGUUCAAGACCAAUAUGACCUUCUCACUCUGGGAUGGAUCCAUACACAUCCCACUCAGACAGCAUUCUUAUCCAGCGUUGAUCUUCACACUCACUGUUCUUAUCAGCUCAUGUUGCCAGAGGCUAUCGCUAUCGUCUGCUCACCAAAACACAAUGACACUGGCAUCUUCAGGCUCACCAACACUGGCAUGCUUGAGGUUUCUGCUUGUAAAAAGAAGGGCUUUCAUCCACACACCAAGGACCCCAGGCUGUUCAGCAUAUGCAAACAUGUGUUGGUAAAGGACAUGAAAACAACUGUGUUGGAUCUGAGGUGAUCUGAUCUGAGCAGAGCGCCAUCAACACCCAACUCCCACCCACGGACAUGUGGCUGCUGGAUUUUCUUAAGAUGUUUCCAGAAAUGACUGAUAUUUUAUAUUUAUACAUUUUAGAUCAGAAAGUUUGAUAUUUAUUGCUCUUGCAUAUUUUGAAGUUUUCUUUGGGGAUCGAUGUGUCUUAAGAGAGACCACAUGGUAUUAAAACAGUACCCAAGUCCACCAACCUGACAAUAAAUUGUGCUGCAAGCAACAGGAUGCCUAAUAUUUACAAAUCCUCUACGUAUGGUCUCAAAGCUUCAGAUGUUCCAUGAUAUUUGUGUUUAUUCAUGUAAACUGUGAUUCCCAGCAAGUAAUUCUGAGUAAUGGUCAUCAGACAUUCUGUUACUGCAACUUUUUCCUGUGAAAAAAAGGCAAGUAGUUUCCACCUGAGAACGGGGUCGCUGCAGUAGGAGGAGCCCAUACUGCGUUUUCCAUGUCAACCAGUCCCAUGCCCAGAGAGAGAAGUCUGCAGUGAAUUCUAGUGGAGGACCCCAGAACAAAGGGCUCUGCCUUGGGGAUCAGGUGGGCCAGAGGCAGCACUGGGUUCAUGGACUUGAAUCGGAAGACUAAAAGCAGAGCAGCUUGGUAGAGGAAUGGGGCAAGGCUUAUAAAAAUCAACAGGGUGGAGGAGGGGAAAAAUGAAGCAUAGGGAAUAACUGAUCAUUCUUAGCCAAAAUAAUUGCAAUGAAUAUUUUAGACGUUUAAGUCUUCUAUAGAAGCCACUGCGUAAAGAAUAGCAAUGAAAUAAACCUGAAGCUGAACUGGUGACAGAAAUACUAUGUUCUGAUAUUACUAAGUCUUGGAAUGACACUUAGGACUUGGAACAUUGGAGCAAAAGAGAUGACAGAAGGAAAGAAAUACAGUUGGAAGUUGAACUGGUAAGGACAACCACGAUAGAAUGCUGACACUAUCAAAUAUAAGAGAUACAUGCAAGUGCUGUUGUUGAAUACCGAGACUAAAGGAAGAUUCUGUUGGACACUCAGUGAAGACUGAACCUGCAGGCAACGUCGUAACCUGGACAGAAAUAGCUCCCAGGUCCCAGGAGGCUGCUAAGCUGGUUGUCCUUGGAUCAUCUUUUUGUUUCCCCUCUCUUUCCCUUAUGAUCAUUAAUCUUGCUUCCUUCUCUUUUCUUUCUAACUUUCAAGUUUUAUUCUCCAACCAUGUCUCCCUGGAUCUCCAGAUUUUCCACCUAGUGAGGCCAAACUAAUUAAAUCUACCUUUCUCUCUUUCCGACAUCUUGUACCUGAGCAGCUUUCCAAGACUCCACUUUCCUCCUGCAUUGUCACUGAACUUCCUAAGCAACUCAUCCUUGCACGCUAGCUCCCACCUGCUGUAGUGAUUUCUGUGUUCCAAGGAGGGAUAUUCUCUGAGCUGUAUGCUUGGAUGAGGGCAUGUUCCUGCCCACUUCUCACUUUGGCUGAACUGGCAUCAUGCCAUGCAAACGCUGCUCAGUUCUCCUUUAUGAAGAACCUGUUAAGGAUAGUUCAAUGGCUAGUUUGUGUUUUAUGGUAAUUUGCAGUUCAGAAAGUGUAUGUCUCACACUUCCGAGGUAGAACUGGACUUGCCCUGUGCAGGGAGUUGAGUCUAGGGACCCCCAAGUGAAAGGCCAGUGGGCUGCUUAGGCUCCCCACUUCUGUCUUCAGUUUCUUAGCAUUUGAGAACACCACGCUACCAUGACAUACUUGCUCAAAGUAAAUGAUUAUAUAAUUUAUUUGAGUAACGAUAACUGUUAGGAUAAGGGAUAAAUGAAAAUUAAGUAAUUUCUUCUGCUGGUACAGUUCAAAGAUGCAAUAAUCAGCCAGGAAGAUGAAACCACAGAGGUGUCUGAUAGAAAACCUGUAUAUACUGAAUGGUGCCUCCAGAUAGAAGGGACUGAGUUGGCAGCCGUGAGCACUUAGCACCUGAGAUUUCCAGCGUGAACAGAAACAGAAGCUAUGAGUAUGCAAAACCAACUGUGUUCCCCUUGAAAAGCCAGUUAGAAGACAAUCCUUUCUUUUUCGAUAACUAAAGCAGUAAAUUGUAGCCACAGAGCAGGGAGGUGCAGUUGGCAGUUUUACUUCCUUCUAAAGAGAGACAAUACCUCCAGUUGGAGGUAAAAUCUAAAGGUCAUUUUUGAAGGGGGUGGAAUUGUUUAUUGCCAAAAAUCAACAGAAUUAGCCGGGACUUCCCAAGAGACCUAUUCUGAGAGCUGGACUCGUGGAAGCCAUGGACCUGUGCCCUUGCCUUCCUUGCCUGGCAGGAAGAAGCAACAGACAUGCAGGCACAUCAUUGAAGAAACUAAGCCCAGGCUAGUCAACCUGGAGGCUGCGCGUGCCUGAGUGUAUCCUUGUCCAGCGUGUUCUGGGAGGAGCCUCUGAGAGGUACCACAGCUUACUGUUACAAGUGUUUCGGUCCUGGGGCUCCCCUUGGCCACUUCCUUGUCUCCUAAAGCCAAGAGAGUUCCACUGCUUUUUCAGUUUUGUUUUUCUGUAGAAAUUUCAACCAAUUAAGCCUGAGCUUUCUUACUUUCUAACACUACUCUGUUUGCACACUGUCUGGCGUCCAGCACAUUUUCAUUAUGGAUUGGAAGGGACUGAUUCAGACUCCAUUGUUGGAGUCCUUAAGUAAGAGUUUUUGGAGGUCAUUAAUCUAAAAUGGGCCACUAGAGGGCCCUGCACCACUGUAUUGGGUGUCCUUAUGAGCAGAGCUUAGAGAAAACACAGAGGGAAGAUGGCCAAGUCACAGGCCGGAGAGAGAGGCCUCAGUAAAAACUGGCACAUCCAUCACCUUGACGUUAGAUUCCCAGCCUGUGGAACCCCGAGAAAGUAGAU